UAUUUAUACUCCAGCACCGUGGGGCCCGGGUAUAUUUAGACAGCUGCUGGGGAGCGCAGAGACCCACCAAUCCCAGCCAGGGCUAGAGGGGGUGUCUGGCAGCUCUCCUCAGCGACGGGGCACAGACAGAAGGACAGACAUGGGGACACGGAUGGUGCUGCUGUUCUGCUGGGCCCUGCUGGGAGCCGCCAGUGCUGAGCCUCCCAAGGAGCACGACCCCUUUAACUACGACUAUCAAUCCCUGAGAAUUGGAGGCCUCAUCUUCGCCGUCAUCCUCUUUCUGCUGGGAAUCCUCAUCAUCCUCAGUCGACGCUGCCGUUGCAAAUUUAACCAGCAACAAAGGACUGGUGAGCCAGACGAGGAGGAAGGGCCUCUCCGAAGCUCCAUUCGCCGUUUGUCCACCCGGAUGAGAUAGGCGGGCCCAGAGGCUGGUCUCCCCAAGGCGCAGACCCCUCCCUGGAUAUGAAGAGUGACCCCCUCUUCCCCCGCCCCAUGCUGCAUAGCCGUAGCACGUAGCCUAGCCCAGGGCCCCGCGCGCUGAUUGCAGCCCGCAGAAUCUGAGCCAGCCAGCAGGGGGCAGUAGGGACACACACAUACAUGCAGCAAAUCUCAUCCCCUCCAACAGGGGGCAGUAGGGACACACACACACACACACACACACACACCCAGCAGGUCUCAUCCCCUCCAACAGGGGGCAGUAGGGACACACACACCCAGCAGGUCUGAGCCCCUCCAACAGGGGCAGCCAAGACACACACACACACACACACACACACAAACAGAGCGCAGGGCUUGUCCCCUCCAGCAGGGGGUGGCAGGGACGGACAGACAGACACGCACACCUGCAGGUCUGAUCUCCUCCAGCAGGGGACAGCAGAGACGUACAGAGCAGGGCCUGUCCCCAGCAGCAGGGGGACACCCCCCAUUCUAGGGGUGCUGCGGUGCCCAGAGCCCUGUGUGUGAGGGGUGCAGGGAGGGGUGACUGUAGGGGGGCGGUGGCAGUCGGGGUCCCUGUUGAAGUGUCCAUCAUGGGGCUGGUGUGGGAACAGCUGGCUCCCACCCCUGGGUCAGGGCUGAUCCCCUCCAGCAGGGGCCAGUCGAAACCCCCUCAGCCCCUGCACGUGUCCCUGUGUCCAGCCGGGGGCGCUGGCUGUAGUUGCUGGCCGGAGACGGCUUCCCAAUAAACGCUACCUGCCCCCCACCUGCCUCCUGGCAAUUACUGCCUGGGGCGGGAGCCGCCGCAUCUAGCACUGACCCCUCCCCACCCCGG